UGCAGCGGACGAAAGGGACGUGGACGCGUGUGGAAAACGUGAUCGGUGAUCUCGCGAGCCGUUCGCUCGAGUUUCCGCGUCGUGUUCUUGCGUCCCCGUGUUCGUGGCGUGUUCGAACGUGCGCGCAAUCGCGCCCCGUGGAUCGACGGUACAUGCGCGCCAUGUUCGCGCGUCGCGGCACGUCACCGGCUUGACGUUGCUCGCAGAGCCCGCUCGCGCGACAAAGUGAUCAGCGGACGAACUCGUGGGUGAGUUUCGCUUGUGAGAUUGUUCAACGGUGCUGGUGAACGCAUGGGAAGAUAAUAAACGAACGGGAACGUACGCGGGGCUGCCAAGGCACGCCGUGGAAUCGUGGAAUGCACGCUGGCAGUUAUUUCGAGUUGUCCUUGCGUGUACGAGGGGGAGACGAGGACGUCCGGAUCUGGAUCAGCCCGAAAUCACGUCGAGUCCGAGCGAACCGGAUUGUCCUCUCCCCGGCCGGAAAGAAACGGCGCGGCUUCCGGCGUCGCAUUCGGCGGGGCGGAGAGGGCUAUGAGGGAGAGGCGGAAAGGGGGUUCACAGUUCGUCGGAGCGGCUAACAAUCAUCGGUGCCGAGGCGAGGACGAGCUGCCGCCGUCGUCGUCAUCGUUGUGCGAUGAUGAGCGGAAAUGAUACGAGCGCGUCGACGACGUUAACGUCGACCAGCUUUGCCGCAGUCUCCACCCUAGCUCCCGCAAAUGAGGAGGAGGACUCGACGACCUUGACCCUGGACUGCACCGAGUCCGCCAACAUGGAUCUAGCAAACGGUCCGAAUCCGUGGCUUCCGGCCUACGGCUUCCAACUGCAGCAUCACUCCCAAUUCCAGUCGACGCACUUGGAGGAUCUACGGGCUAAUGAUACGAUGUUGGUGCAGCAGGUAGACUUUCUGGAGACUAUUCUGGAGGAGACAUCCGACGAUCUUCAGAGCGACUCCGAUCGUAGCGGUACGACGUACUGGCUGGGAUCUGAUUCGGAAACCGAAAGUGUAAUUCACAUAAGGGCGAAACAGAGAGCAGAAAAUGAACGGCUAGACGGCAGUGGUAGUGAGUGCAAUUCAGUGGUGCCCAGGAAGCGACGUCGCCGCAAUGCAGAUCAUCAUCAGCAGGUGACGUCGACGGCCGCCUAUGACGAGUACCCGGCAUCGCCAAGAUCCUCCAGGUCUACCGCCUCGUCCAGGUCGAGUUCACUGCUGCAAUUCGAGUCACUUGAGAGAACCUGCGCUACCCUGUCGCCGUCGAGUUACAGCUUCGACUCGUUAGAGUACUCGAACCGUUCGAAUGUCUCUCACGCGGAGAAUGACUCGCCCGAUAGCCUGGAGCAGGACUGCGAUAGGCUGCUGCCGAAUGGCUUUGUCAGCACUUUGGCGGAUCAUUUUCCCAGAAUCAGGCCGUACCGUAGUUUUGAGAGCCUGGAUACGUGCCAGAAGGACGAGGACUUCGGCCGAAGCACCAUAUCGAAUGGUUUUGCGCCUUUAUACCCGAAAAGAGGCGCCGACCUGUCGAAUAUUAGGAAAAGUAACCGGCGUCCGAGAGACUUUUGGCACGAGGAAGACGAGUACGAGGACGACGAGGAGGAUGACGAAGACGAUUUCGAGCAAUACGAACGAUAUGGCAGGAACACGGAUUCCCGAAUAACGAGCGGUUUCGAGGAUCGUCUGUUGCUUUACGGUGAGUCCGGCAAGUACGCGACAUCCUUGGAUUACCGGAACACGAUCGACCUGCGAGAAAUUGGCGUGGAGACGAAGAGGGACACACUUUUGGAGCUCAAGUCCGGCCAAAAGACGGCCAGGUUAAAUAUAACCGGCGGCGGUGCAGAGCAUCAUCAUCACCACCAUCAUCAUCAUCAUCCGCAGAUACAGCAGCAGAAGCAGCACCAGCAGUACCAACAACAGAACUACGAUCAGCACGAUCACCAUCAUCAUCACCACCACCACCGUCACCGGCAGCAACAGCAGUACCAAGGGUGGAGCGACGAGGAGCGUUUUAAUUUUAGAUUCACGGACAAGUCGCAGAGUGCGCCCAGUCUGCUCGACAGCGUUGGGGAGUCAGCACGUAGUAGUUCGAGCUGCGCCACGCCACCUCGUCUUCGCACCUCGAGGACGACCUCCUACGUGUCGACGUCUUCCCUCUUCGAAAACUACACGCGGGUUGCCAGCGUGCCGGUGGAUUUGAAUCUCUGCGGCGUCGCCGCGUGCGACGACGAGAUGAACGGUCACGAAAUGGCGGAGACCGCGCCCGACGACGAGACCGCAGCGGCCCUGAAGAGCCCGCGAGAGAACGAAGAGAAGACGCAGCCGGCCACGAAGAUGGCAUUGACUAGUUCGGUUAGAACGCAGCCGGCUCAAAGUGCGCUCAUGGAUGGCGAUGUAGAAGAAGCGGCGAGAGAAGAACAACGAAUGAAGGUCACCGACUGCACGAGCGAUGAUCACGAGGUGCAGCGAGCGCGCGAAGGCAAGCAGAUGAAGACGACGUCGACGGUGAAGACUCAGGAUCGCUCCAACUGCGUGCUAGACAUGGUGAUGGUGACGGAGAACGAUCUUGACGAGGCCAUCAAGCAGUUCAAGCGCGAGGUAGAGGAGGCCACCGCUUCCGGAGUGGCGAACGCCGCCAUCUUGGCGAUGGAGACGAUUCAACGAACGGCGUCUGGUCGCGCGAGGGGUCGAAAAGUAAAGAACAACGCCAGCUAUGAGCUUGCACAGCAGUUCGAAGUGGACGAAAGAAAUUUCCAACGUAAGUUGAAGGAAAACGAUGUAGAUCGCGAUAAGAUGAGCCCGACUGGAAAGAGACGGAUGUUGAACAAUGCCAGUUACGAGCUGGCACAGCAGAGCGACUACGUCAAGGCGUUGCAGAACUCACGAGCGGCGUUCCAGCGGAUGGAUGCUUGCGACGAGCUAGAGGAGGCAGCUGCAUCUUCGGGACGCUCCUCAGCAUUGAAGGUGGCUGAUGUGAUGCGGCAGAUGGGUUCGAACACCAACAUCAGCGAGGACUCGUCGUGCGUCAGGCCGCAGGUUGAGAACGAUUCGUUCUUUAGUCAGAUAAAAAAAAACUCGGAUCCAUUUUCAGCCUGUGGCGAUGCUAGUGUGUUGGAUCCGCGGCUGUUAGAAGACGAGGUAGAUUACCCCUGCUUGGAAACCAAACCCAUAUCUUGCUUGGAGGAUAAGGUCGUCCAGCGCGAGAAGAUCCAAUCGCGCGAGUUGGAAAGUGUCCUUGAGAGUUCCGCGACGAAGCCAUCUCACAUCGAGGAGAAAUCCUUUAGAAACCACGAAGACGAGUCCGAAGAGGCGAGAAAGAGCUUUAUCGGUGAAUUACAUCUGCAGCGAACGGCGCAGUUUCCUCGUGAGAAUGAGAGCAAGGCUCGAGAAAAUUCAAAAGGCAUGCCGCUGACUGAAGAAGACCUCGAAGAGCGUGCUCACAGUCCCAGCGAUCGAGCCGCUGGUGAACGUCUGUGGAGAGUCGUGAUCGAGAAGCAGGCGAAGCAGAAGGAAGACGAAAAGAAGAGGUACAGUCUGGAAGUGGAGAAUAAGAAGGAGGAGGAAGUGGAGAAAAAGGAGGUGGGACGUAGCAGUGUUGGCACUGGUGAGUGCGCCCCACCCGGCGUACCGGGUUCACUCGGUGAACGUGGUAGUGGGAAGCCCGCGGUGGUCGUGGCGGCGGCGGCAGUUGAUACGAAUCAUCGCGGUCGUGAUCACGACAUACGUCCGGUUGAGGAGAGGCGCGCAUCGAGCAUCGGCAGCAGCAACAAGGAAGACGUAAGUGUAGCGAUCGCGAGACGGCCAGCGUCGUCUUCCGCCACGAGGAAGGAACCCGCGAAGGCGCGUGUCGCGUCUUCGCCGUCUCUGUCGUCGUCGUCCUCAUCUUCAGCCACAGCCAUGAAGAACGAGGAGAGGAAGAAAGGUGGCCUGGGCGGCUUCCUGCAGAGGUUUUCCAGGUUGAGAUUCAGUGGAAGGACGAAGGUGCCGCGUUCAGAAGCGCAGAAGAAGACCGUUGAAACGAAGGCAUUGGAGCCACAGCAACAGCAACUUGCUGCUGCAAAGAAGAAGGAACCCGAUUACAUCAUCAUACCGCUGCAUCCGCCUGAGGAGGAGAGGAGACGUCAGCAGGAGGUCGUUACUCUCGAGGAGGCUGCCAGGAGGAACAAUGUGGAUGUUCAGAGAAGUGCCUCCAGCGUUAGCAGCAACGGGAGGGCGCCAGUGUCCAGCAAGCCACCCUUGCCGCCGCAACCACCCCGCGUCGCCGCCCUGGGUACGACGACGCGGGUGUCGGCGUCGGCGUCGGCGUCGCGCCGACGCGCCGCCACGGAUCUUGGCAACCCGGCGGCGAUCGAGAUGGCGAAAGCCCGCGCGAUGCAGGCCGCUCAAGAGCGACCGAUCGGUCUGCUGGAGACCGAUCUCGACGAAGCGGUGAUCAACGGUGUCAGCUACAGCAUCGCCGGUACGACGACGUGCACCGACGCAGCUGGUGGUACUGUCUCCGCCGCAGCUGCAGCUGCCGCCGCUGCCGGCGCCGGCGGUAAGAAAACCCGCAGCCUGCUCGACCUCAACCACACCUCGGCGGCGGCGCCGCGGCCGCAACCCGAGCACGCCCUCCACGUACCCCAGUCGCCCGUCGGCGCUACGCACAGGAGCCCCCGCGACGACGUCGCGUCCGCCGCAACGUCCGCUAUCCACCAGCGGCCGCACAAGUCCAUGGAGUUCCUCCUCGACAAGGAGAAUCUGCACUUUGUCAAGCCGCCGGAGAAUGAGUUGCAGAAGGUGGGCGAGCGCGUGCCGAGCGAGCAUGAGCUCAGGGUGCAAAGGUCCCUGCAACGGCUCAACGUACCCGACUGGUACAAGAAUUCGCCUGCUGCUCGUGAUGGAUUCCGGCUGAAGAGACACUCCGAUGCGUCGCAGCAUGGAGGAUGGCGCGCUCUCGGCUCCAAGACCACCUCUUUGUCGUCCCUCUCGUCGUCUUCCAACCGACAGCCGACCACAGGUGUCCUUCUGAGUCCCAGUCCCACGCCCCCCGUAUUUUCGAGAUGGAGCACCAGCUUGCUGAACAGUGCCGGCAGUUCACCCGCGAGUUCGGCCAGGUCGUCCUUCAACCAUCGGCAGCCCUAUCUGGGCUGGCGUUCGCAGGAACGACUGACGAACCCACGCACGCCGGCAGAACGUCUUGCUCAGGGUAUUCUUCCUCAGCUGCAGGCAGCAAACAAGCAACAGCAGCAGCAACAACAGCAGCAGCAGACAACGAAUCAGCAGCUGGAGGUGCGAAAUUCGAUAAAGGAGGUGACAUCGGCCAUUGUGCAUUACGUUCAGAGCGGCCAAGAAGUCGGUGGAGGUGGCAGGCUCUCGCCCCGAUCUCGACCUGAAGAUUGGGACGAUAGGGGCGGUGCGAGGUCUACCAGCCCCAGAGGGAGCGUGAAGCUGUGCUGGAUGGAGAGCUCGUUUGUUGGCACGCGUCCCGUGGACUCGCCGGAGACGCCGAUGAGCCUGACGACCGAUCAGGAGGCCGGUGACUGUUGCAACGCCGCCGGCACCGAGUCCUGCAGCUGCCAGGACUCGGCUGCGUCUGGCCUCUACCUGGAUCUGACGCCUAGCCGGGAUGACGUGCGUCAUCAGCAUCAUCAGACGUCCUCGGCCGGCCCAUCGCCCUCGUCCGCCGUUUACCAUCAUCAUCAUCAUCAUCAUCAUCAUCAGCAGCAGCAACGUCACCAACACCGUCAGCAACAGCAACAUCAGCAACGUCAUCACCGCGGAUCGGGCCAGAGCGAUACGGACGAGGCGAUGGCGACGGCAGCUCUUCUGCGGAACAAACCGAGCCCGGGCUCCACAACCCUGGAGGACGUACUUGACUCCCUCCUGGGACUGCCACCCGCGUCGCGUACCCCGAGUCCUGGCCCGGGGGGACCCGUCGUGACCGCCACGUCCGCCAUCCGCCAUCGGCAUACGAGCGCCGCCGUUGGCCAGGCGAAAGCCGGGAAGAGCUGCAGCGAUCUACGCCAAGACCUCCAAGAGUCCGCUAGGAGUGUGAUGGAUGUCCAUCAGGCGGCUGUCGAGGAGCAACGCAACUUCUAUUCGAACGAGCUGGUGAGGCGGAAGAGCGAGGGUAGCGAUACCCUGCCGACGUCACGGGCAGCGUCCGCAUCAGCCGCGUCGUCCACGUCGCUGAUACCACGCACCACCACGCGCCACCGCCGAGUCUCCUUCGACAACGCCCAGGACUCGACGACGAACGGCAGCUCGGCCAUGGACAAGGUGGUACGCUGCCGAAACAACAAAUGCGGCAACUCGACGACCCUGGCAGAGGCCAGGCGGGCGUAUAAGAGCUGCCACAACUGCACCUGCCUGUACUGCUCGCGCGAAUGUCGCAGGGCGCACUGGCAGCGUCAUCGCCGAACCUGCCUUCACUCACGCGCCGGCAGCCUUUGUCGCCAGGUAUUAUCUUCGGCGAAGGAGGACCCAGUCACCCUGAAGCACAUCUCCACACUGGCGAGGCGCGGCUACGCUGCACAAGGACGCGGCGCGGUCAAGUGUUUCUUCUCAAGCCCGGAAGCGGCCGAACGCUUCGUCGGCAAUGGCUUCGCCGACCUAGGCGAACCCACGUACGUCCGCUGGUCGGAUCUCCUACCCGGCGAGAUGGGCGCUGAGCUGUACGCCGAACUGAUGCGCCUCUGCAAGACGUACAAUCCGGAGGCGCGCCUGGUGCUGUACGUGGCGGUGUGCGUGGUAAGCGAGGUGCCAACCAGCGGCGCCGUCAGGUGGGAACGUCAGCUGGUGUCGAGAUGCGCGAAGAUCAGACUGGAGGGGGCGGCGACCCGGCAGCACGCCGCAUCGUCAUCCGCAUCGCCGCAGGCCAGGAGGCAACAGGCGCCUGCAUCGCCCUGCAACAUCACCAGGGAGAUGGACUCGCCGGAGACCCUGGUGCUGACUUCACUGCCCGGCAACAACGGUCAAAACACGCCGCGGCGUGCACGCGAGAUCAGUUUCACCAACAUCCAACGGCAGCUCAGGCUGCGCGGGGUCUCCCUUCGACGGCACUUCCCACAGGUGUACCGGAAGCUGUGCUCCUACGUGGACGGCUCGGUGGAUAAGUUUGCGCCGGUCACCAUCUACCCGAGAGAUCAGGCAUCCGGCAAGAGCUUCAUGUGCAUCAUCAUGCUGGACGCGGAGCCGGAGCGCCUUCAGCUGCUGCCUACCGAUUCGUCCAGAGUGAGAACGGUGGACAUCAGUGUAGAACAGGAAUGAAGGCACUUCGUCAUCCGGUUGGAGAAGAGAAAAGUCAAGAAUGCUCGCGGGAGAUCGCAUUGGGAUCGCCGGGCACGUCGCUCAGGAUUUUCCUCAGGUUCUCGGGAAGAGGAUCAAAGACGUCGGUCGAUGGACCUCCUCGGAGCAAAGACGGCUGGAUGUCAGCUGAUGGAGGGUACUCGGAUGACGUUAAGAGUCUAACAGACGUCCCGAUAUUGGAUCUCUCUUGGACACUUGCAUUAUCCGGGAAUAUCGCGUUCGCGUUAGAAGCGUAGCGAAUACGUUAGUCUCCAAGAAAAUCGGUGAGUUCGACAUAUAAUGUCGACUCACGAUCUCGCGUGGACGUCAUGCGUGUACACACAAAGACUGUUUCUAUCUUUUCUUCUAGAAAAAAAAAAGAAUGAUGAAUGAUGAAGUACGAGGCGCCAUUCUGCUUGUACGAUACCCUCUUUUGCGAUACUCUAUAUCGCGAUCGCGAUUGCGAUGAAGACAAGCCGCUAUCGUUUUCAGAAGCCCUCGAUUUGGUCGUUACUAUGUGAAAUGUUUAUCAAUUGUUCGCCGAGGUAGGUCUUGCAAAAACGAAAUUAUUAUCAGUCCUUGAGAACUUUUAGUCUGAAAUGCGUGUAAUAAUUUAAUAACUUUUAAACAGUUUUAAACGAUUGAAUUAUUCUCUAAUCGCAAUUAUCGGAUCAUGUGUUAAUGAUUCAAUGGCAAAGCAAUAAUAUUUAUAUACAAUAAUAUUUAUCACACAAAUUAUAAAUUAUUGUCGGUAAUCUUACUGACAAUUGAUCAAACAUUUGAUUUAUUAUAUAAUGAUCUAAAACUUCUAAUCAAAAUGAUUUUUUCAGUUAUUUUCUCUCGUAUAAUUAAGAGGCUUGAAAGGAUUAAGCGAUGAUUUCGAUUUCCUCGGCGGAUGGAGCGGAAAGUAAUAUUUAGAGUACGUUGUUGUCACUUUGUUCAACUUUGCAUCGUUUAAAUUUUAUCGUAUAUAUUAUAUGUGAAGGCGAGAAACACUUCUCUCAGCGAAUAUACUCACGACUAAUCGCUAUGGAAUUUCGCUUAGAUGCCACAUUAACAGACAGUUAAAAUUGCGUAAUAUUAUAAAUUUCGGAGGGAAUACCUUCCAGGGAAAGGGACGUAUACCGAACGGGGUAAUUCGUUCGAGUACUACAAGUAUUAAGUAAUUUUAUCAAGAAUUGUCGAUGCCUGCUUUACUGUAUAUGUGAAUACAAUUCUCAUCCUUAAUGAUUAAUUGGAUUAAUUUAAUGAAAUUUAAUAUGCGUAAAAAUCAAGACUACUCAAUGUUAUUUUUGCAUUUGGAACUUUUUAAACGCAUGGAUAGAAAGACGAAUCUCGAGCUGUCACGCAAGAAUCUCGUCACAAGAAUGUCGUUCACCUUUAUAAUAUCGUGCCAAAUGAAAAAGCGCGCGUGACAAAUUGUACGCGUCACACAAGCACACAUUUUCGAAACACUAUCGCAAGAUACCACGGGAUUCUUUGAACACGGAUCUCAAGUUUAUUGUCUCAAAUUGUCUCGAGAGAAAGCACUCGCGCAAUUUUCAGCUGAAAACGCGGGAAGGCUCCUUCGUGGAUCAACGAAUCGCCAAUUUAUUAGUAGUAAAAUGUAGCUUUAGUUGAGCUACAUCACGAAACGACAAAAAAGGCUGAUAUCUCUCUCUCUCUCUCUUUCUUUCUCUCUCUCCCUCUUUCUAACAAAAAAGGAGGCGAUCAAUAACGGUGCCAAUAAGGUCUCCAGAGACUUAUCAUUAUUCACGUAGCGAUGAAAGACGGAAAAAAUCUGUGGUCGAAAAAUUUUCUCGUGGCAGAACGUCGUGACGUCAUCGAGCGACGUUUAUAAUCAAGUCGCAUGACGUCUCGGUAAUUAUAAUCUGACAAAUAAUUACCGGGGCCGGCCGGCGCGACGGGAGGAACGGAAAAUGCGAUUUCUCAUAUGUUAGCUUUGUAGAAUCGAUACCCGUUGUCGUCGACAACGGUAAUAAGUUUUAACAAAAGGCAGAAGGCAAAUCAAAGAAGCGAAGGGAGAAAGCAUCGCAGUGCCAAUAAUAAGACGCCACACGGAUAUUUGUAUAUCCGAUGAGGCGCGAGCAACGGAUCCCUGAUCCGCGAUCGGAGAUCUCGAGGCUUGAGAUCUGCUUGAGAACUACUACGACGACGUUGAUAUUUCGUACACGCGAUAUGAUCACGAUGAAACUCACGAUGGUGCGUAUUGAGUUCUGUUUAAUCGGUUAAAUUGUUCUUUUGUGCGUUCGAACGAAGAGCAUCGAGCAUUAGUUAUUUCAUCAGCAACUCGACGCUCACCCGAUCGUUACACCCGUUACAAUGGCCGCAUUCAGCAGACUAAACCGCUUAGUAGCAACACAUAAUGGAUUCUAACUUUUAGAACCAACAAAUUAACAUCGAGCAUCAGCGGAAAAUCUAGCAACGUUGCCCAACUGUUGAGUCUGCUGAAUGCGGCCAUUGUCAAAGCUUACGACCAACGUUAAUACCUUCGUACGUUUACGUUUGUACAUAGCGCUUUUACGGGGAUAUAUCCUUAGGAAAAGAACGAGUUAGAGGUAAGAGAGUAAUUUUCCUAGCUCAUGGCGAAUGCUGAGAUUAUGUAAAAAAAAAAGAAAAACGAGAAACGUCGAUCAAAAGUACGAGAGUAGGUGGCUUGUGUCGGAGAUCAGUCCGUUACAUCCUCGAUAGUUCCUUUUUCCUAUCUCUCUUGCGAGGACCGCGAUCUUGUUAUACAGGCUGUAUGAUAAAGGGUACGAGGGUACCCCGACGCUUUACGAUACAUCUUGUAUAAAUAUAUUUAUAUAUAUCCAUUCCCCGCUCUAGAAGUAUAUAACGCUCAGCGCGAGAAAUGUUGGUCGGGGAGUAAGAUCCGAUCGUUUUGUUACUUUAAGGAUUCACGGUGUUCAUAAGAAUCUAGAUAUCUACUUCCAAUAAGAAAAAAGGUAUUCUUAGUUACUUCGAGGAUUUUAAGACAAGCUUAAAAUAUCUUCUGCCAAACGUACUUUUUAAUUAAAUUCUUAGAAAUUCUUAGUUAAUUCGAGGAUUUUAAGAUAAACUCAAAAAAUCUCUUUUGUCGCUUUUGUCAAACAUAGUUUUAAUUAAAUAUUUGAAUUGAGAUUCCCGCGCUGUGGAGUAAUUAUGAUUCUACAAGAAUCUUAUGAACAUCGUGUAUCACUCCGACCAAUCUCGGCGAGAGAGCUAUUGCUCGAAAUUAAUUAUUAAUAUUGCGAUCUAUGAAGAAAUCCGGAAAAAAGAUUUAAACGACUCGGUCGAUCGGACGAGCAAUCAGCCCGCACGUAGUCACUCUAAAGUCUAAAAAAAAGUAUCGUUUUAACGUCUAUUUAUUGGUGCUACCAAAAUGUGCUACCAUUGUUUUCGCAUAUCUGUGUAUGAUUUUUCAAAUAAAAUGUUAAUUUUAUUACAUA